UUAUGUUGUUAGUCAGUUGUCUGAGGUCAGCUGCUCCCCCAGAGUCCCCCAGAGUCUCCCCAGAGUCCCCUCAGAGUUCUCCCAGAGUCCCUCAGAGCCCAUUUCAGUCAGAAACAUGUUGCCCCCUUUCUGGUGCAUGGGGACACUUAAAGUGGUCGUUUAAUAAAAGUCAGAGGGACUUAAUUUCUAUUGUUUGAUGAGUGUUUUACAUAAAAUCCUCAGAUUCCAAUAAAGAGAAUAAAAUGGGAAAACACAAUCACAUAACAUCCUCCUUGUCCCUCCCGUCGGGGUGAGCAACAUGGAGGCGUCCUCAGCCCACGCCAUACUUAUAGUCACGUGACUCCGGCUGCCAUGUCAACAGUCUCCGGCGCGUCACGGAGCCGGUCACGUGGUAUUGUUUAGAGCAGGAAGCGGCCGGUCGCGUCUCGAGCGCCACGCAGCAGCCGGGACACGUCGCUCCUCUCCGGCUUCUCUGUCCGCCAUGCCCGCCUGAAGAGUCCGCUGCUCGGAGAACGAGGAGGUGGAUCUAACGACAGCAUGCGGAGGAACGGAGGGAACCAUUCCGACACCCACCUCGCCGCCGCUAGCUCACGAGCUAACCGCGGCUAGCCCCCGGUUACUCUCCCGGCUCCAUCCAGCCUCCAGAGACGCGGGCGUUGAUCCCGCCAGCCCGGGCGUAGCCAGCGAGUUCAGCCGCGUGUGUGUCACGUCUACACGGACCCGACAUGGAGCUGUUCCAAGCCAAAGACCACUACAUCCUCCAGAGCGGGGACUGCGCGCUGUGGUGCAGCCGGAAGGACGGCGCCAUGACGGCCAGACCCGCAACCGACCUGCUGCUGGCCUGGAACCCCGUGUGCCUGGGCCUGGUGGAAGGCGUCAUUGGGAAGAUCCAGCUCCACACAGACCUUCCUCUGGGCCUCGUGUUAAUCACACAGAAAGCUCUCGUGGGAAAUCUACCCGGCGACCACAAAGUCUACAAGAUCACCAAGAUCGCCGUGAUCCCUCUGUCGGACGAGGAGCCGCCGGAGCUGGAGCUGGAGCUCUGCAAGAAGCAUCACUUUGGCAUGGAUAAGCCGGAGAAGCUGGCCCCGUCCCCGGAGGAGUCCAUGUUCCUGAUGAAAACCUUCAGCCAGAUCAAGUCCAACGUGCCCGUCAAGAAGAAGGUGAAGGAGAACAAAGAGAAGGAGCGUCUGGAGCGGCGCCUGCUGGACGAGCUGGACAAGAUCUUCAUGGACUCUGACUCCUUCUACUACAGCCUGACCUACGACCUGACCAACACGGUGCAGCGCCAGGGGCACGCCGACAAGGCCGGCCUGCCCCUGUGGAAGCAGGUGGACGAUCGUUUCUUCUGGAACAAACACAUGAUCCAAGACAUCAUCGCCCUGGAGGUGGACCUGUGGGUGCUGCCCGUCAUCCAGGGCUUCGUGCAGGUGGAGGAGCUGGUGGUGAACUACAACGAGACGCCGGAGGAGGAGCGCGGCAGCCCGGAGACGCCGCCGCAGGAGGUCACCUGCGUGGACGACGUCCACCCCCGCUUCACCGUGGCCCUCAUCUCCAGACGCAGCCGCCACCGCGCAGGGAUGCGGUACAAGCGGCGCGGCGUGGACGUCGACGGCCACGUGGCCAACUACGUGGAGACGGAGCAGCUGAUCCACGUGCACAGCCACACGCUGGCCUUCGUGCAGACCCGCGGGUCCGUGCCCGUGUUCUGGAGCCAGGCGGGGUACCGCUACAACCCACGGCCACGCCUAGAGAAAGGGGAGAAGGACACCAUGCCUCACUUCUCUGCUCACUUCGAAGAGCAGCUGAAGCUCUACAAGACCCAGGUCAUCGUGAACUUGGUGGACCAGGCCGGGCGGGAGAAGAUCAUCGGCGACGCGUACCUGAAGCAGGUUCUGCUCUACAACAACCCGGCGCUCACAUACGUCUCCUUCGACUUCCACGAGCACUGCCGCGGCAUGAAGUUCGAGAACGUGCAAGUGCUGACGGACGCCAUCGCCGACCUCAUCAGCGAGAUGAAGUGGGCCUGGGUGGAUCAGGCUGGAGUCAUCUGCCAGCAGGAGGGCCUCUUCAGGGUCAACUGCAUGGACUGUCUGGACCGGACCAACGUGGUCCAGGCUGCGGUGGCCCGGGCGGUGAUGGAGCAGCAGCUCAAGAAGCUGGGCGUGAUGCCCCCGGAGCAGCCGCUGCCUCCCAAGUGCUGCAGCAUCUACCAGAUCAUGUGGGCCAACAACGGCGACACCAUCAGCCGGCAGUACGCGGGCACGGCGGCGCUCAAGGGCGACUUCACGCGGACGGGCGAGAGGAAGCUGGCCGGCGUGAUGAAGGACGGCGUGAACUCAGCCAACCGCUACUACCUGAACCGCUUCAGGGACGCCUACCGGCAGGCGGUGAUCGACCUGAUGAUGGGCCUGCCGGUGACGGAGGACCUGUACUCCAUCUUCAGCAAGGAGAAGGAGGAGCAGGAGGAGCAGGAGAGCCAGAGAGGAGCGCAGGAGCAGGCGGGCCUCCUGCUGCAGACCUACAUGCAGCUGCUGCUGCCGGACGACGAGACGUUCCACGGCGGCUGGGCGCUCAUCAACUGCGACAUGAGCCUCAUUGAUGCCAACAACAAAGACGUGGACGUGCUGCUGCUGCUGUCAGAUAGAGCGUACUACAUCGCUUACUACGAUGAAGAAGCAGAUAAAGUGGACCAGUACCAGCGGCUCCACCUGGAGGGCUUGGAGAAGAUUGAGAUCGGUCCAGAGCCCACUCUGUUCGGGAAGCCCAAGUUCUGCUGCAUGCGGCUGCACUACCGGAGCGAGGACACGAGCGGCUACUUCCACACGCUGAGGGCGGCGACCCGCAACCCCGAGGACGACGGCAAAGACACAUUGCAAUGCAUAGCGGAGAUGCUCCGCAUCACGAAGCAGGCCACCGGGCUGGACCUGCUGGUGGUGGAGAAGAGGCUGGACAGGCGGCAGAGCAAGCCUCACGAGGACAUCAUGGGCAUCCAGAACAAAGGCGCCGACCCGGUCCAAGGCAGCUCCGGUCUGGCUCAGGGCAGAAGCUUCCUGCUCAACAAGUUCUCCUCCCUGAACCAGAAGGUGAAGCAGAGCAAGACCGGCGUGAACAUCGGGCCCCUCGGGCCCCUCGGCAGGCUGGGCAACUUCUCCAAGCCCGACGUCAAAGCCGACUUCCUGAAGCCGACGAUGCACGUCAACCCGUGGAAGUCCGACGGCAGCCUGGAGACGUCGGACGGCGCCGGCGCCCCGAAGGACCCGGAGCUCUCGGACGACUCCGACUCCUACGACUCCGACCCGGAGCGCUCCGGCUCUCUGGAGAACGUGGACUACGUGCUGCCCAGCUGCGGCAUCGUGGCCUCCGACCCCCGACUGGGCGGCCGCUCGCAGGCCGGCGGCGGCGCGGAGCUCGCCGUCCCGUCCGUCAUCAGAGUCACCGGCUGCGACGGCGAGCGGGAGGCCUCGCCGGGCGCCGCCUCGGUGGGGGAGGAGGCCAUCCUGAUUGACUUCGGCACCCCCAUCGACGCCUACUGCCAGCAGUUCGUCCAGGACGCGCAGACCAAACCCGUGGAGGUGUUCGGGGAGCGGCCUCUGGCCGCCGCCCCCCCGCCCCGCCCGGCGCCGCCCGUGCAGAACAAGACGCUGGCGGAGCCCGCCGAGCGGCCGGGCCGCGAGCCGGAGGAGCCCCAGAUCCCCCGGCCGUCCCGGCUGGACGUGGACCCCCCCGCCGCCGGCCCCCACCUCCUCUCCGUGCAGAAGCCCGGCUCCGCCCACAGGAGCCCGUGUCCGCAGGCGGGAGGCGGCCUCGGCCCCGCGGCCGCUGACAGCAGCGGCGGCCGCGCCGUGUCGCCCUUCGCCAAGAUCAAGAGCUCCAUGGUGCAGGUGGCCAGCCUCACGCAGGCCGGGCUCGCCCAGGGCCUCAACUUCGCCGUGGCCAAGGUCCAGAAGAGCCCGGAGCCCGGCGCCGCCAACCAGGCCCAGGAGAGCGAGCUGAAGGCCAUGUUCACCCAGUGCCAGACACGCAUCAUCCAGAUCUAGAGGCGCUCAGCGGGGAACGCACACUCUGGACACACACUCUGGACACACACUGGACACACUCUGGACACACUCUGGACACACUCUGGACACAC